UUAAAUACAGGGAUCAUUUUCUUGAAAGACACAUUCUAAUUGUAGAAGUUACAUCAAAAUGAAGCAAAUUACCUUAAUAUCUACUUUGGCAGUUUUCGCGUUCGCUGUAUUACAACAAUCCGAAGCGAAGUUUUAUAAGGACUACGUGAGUAUCAACAGUCGCAUUCCUGGUGAUGAAGAGAUUUUCCAUUCAAAAGCUGCUCAAAACAUUGAUUUCUUUGCCAAGGUUACCAUAGAAUGCAGAUUUCCUCAAGAUCUACCUCAUUCCAACUACGUGUUGAGUCAUAUGCUUGUGACAGGACAAGAUGAUACUGGUCACAUUAGCUCUAGAUUUGAUCAAGGCGGUCCUGGUGCAGAUUUCAUGAGAAUGAAGAUCUUUUUCAAUUCAAUUAAAAAUGGUAACUUUGAUUUGUAUGUUUAUGGGAAGAAGAAAUAAAUAUUAAAAAAAUG